AUGGAUGUUUUGCCGUCUCAUCUCGGCGACUGGGCAGUGGAGAGCGACCCUGACGUUCCAUUCCCCGCGCCGCGCGUCUCAAUGGGGCUUAGCCGUAUUAGACGUGCCUUCUUCAAAGAUCUUAUGGGCUCAAUUGAGUCAGAUGAGUCUCAGUCGCCGGAUGUGGUGGUCUCACCAAGUUCAAGCUGGGGGAGGUCGUCACAAAAAGGCUGCAGCCUCUCAGAUGCUGCUGUUGGUGAGAAUAAAGAUGAUGAUAACAAUAGUAGCAAUAAGGAUAACAGUGAUGUAACAUGUGGCUCCGACUCCAAUACUGGGGCUGUAGAUGUGGAGGUGUUGCCAGUGUCGUCGACCUCACGCAAAAGGGUUAUGAGGCGAUACAGUGCGAUUGCCGUGAGUGCGUUGGGCGGUGCUAUUCUUGCGGGGUUUGUGAGACGAGGCAUUAGCACCAUCUUUCGUACCCUCGUAAGCGGUCUGUUACUGACGCAGCUGCUUUCCUCACUGGGUUACGCGGAAGUUUAUUGGAAACGUAUUAUGGAAGAUUUGUGGGGCGUUUGCGCAUAUACGCCAGAAAGUCGCCCCCUCCGUGCAGCAAUUGCCAUGAUUGCCGGUUCUGUUGAGCGCAAAAUUGCAAUUGUCUGCGGCAUUGUUGUCGGUUUGUUUCUGUCGUAG